AUGAAAGAGGUUGUUGACGGUUUGGAGUCCCGCAGGAAAUACGCAGAUCGGUUGAAAUGUUAUGCGUUCUUUGGAGUUGCGAUUAGUACUGCAGCAACAAUAUCUUGUGUGCUAACGAUACCACUUCUCUACAAUUACAUUCAAACGGUGCAAUCCACCUUGAUGGAUGAAGUGGAAUUCUGUAGACGAAGAGCCGAAAAUAUGUGGAGUGAAUUUGUUCUCACUGAAAAAAUAUUAGGUGCUCGAGUCUCUCAUCGCCGCUUUCGACGGCAAGCUGGAUACAGUGUUGGAUCAUCACAUGCCUCAAAAAUCGACGAAUAUGAACCGAAUGAUGACAAUUGUUGCAGUUGUGCGGUUGGUGAACCUGGUCCGCCUGGUCCUCCUGGACCACCUGGAUAUGAUGGAGAAGAUGGAACUCCGGGUGAGGAUGGCCCGCCAGGUCCAGAUGCUGUUGAGGGUGUCGAUUACCGAGAACAGGAAUGGUGUUUUGACUGCCCAUCUGCUGAACAAGGCCCUCCUGGGCUACCUGGGCCAAAAGGACCAAGGGGGCCACCGGGACCACAGGGUUUGAAUGGCAUUGACGGUGAACCAGGUAAACGAGGAGAACCAGGUCCGCAAGGUCCAACCGGUAUUCGUGGACCUCAAGGACGGCCAGGAGCUCGAGGUCCGCCUGGUCAACUAAUCGAGGUGCCCGGACUGAAAGGACCACCUGGAAGGCGUGGUCCUCCAGGACCACCUGGCGAAGAUGGGCUCGAUGGCAGAGAUGGAUACGAUGGACCGCCUGGACCGCCGGGACCACCGGGAGAGCCAGGAGCGCCUGGACAUUCGGGAUAUCCUGGAAGGCCAGGUGAGCGUGGACCAACUGGAAGACAGGGAGAUCGUGGCACUUGUGAUCAUUGUGCUCCACCUCGUCUUCAAGAUGGAUAUCAUCGCAAACACUUAAAGUCGACACAACCACCAAAAUCGCAUCACACCAAACAUGACUAUCAAGUUGAAAUGAAUUCCUAUCGGGUCCCUUCAACCAACCCUUAUCGUUAA